CAUCAUCACCGUCAACAACCGGAGCCCGCGAUUAGAUUAUUGGAGGCGGAGCGAUGUUCUGCAUGUGUAUGGGACCGCCGCUCGUUCGCUCAGUCUCAGUGUUGUGUGGUUACCGUAUUUGUACAAAUAUGAGAAUCGUUUGAAAAAACUCGUGGUGCUAUACGUCAGUAAUUGUGAUAAUUAUUCUAGUCACAGUUUAGUGUUUAUUUAUUAUUUAUUGUGAUACUAAUGGUUCAAUAUAAGGAUACCGUAGCCGAUAACGUACGAUUGAUGAUGGAUGGCGAAGAUGAAUUCUACACGAAUAGUUACUACUCGCGAACAAGUCAAAAAAGCAACAAUGGUAGCGCCGACAUGGGGGAUAUGUCGUUUAUGAUCGAUGACUACCUUAAAGAAAUCAUGAAGUCAAUGGACAUGAUGCGAGCUCACCAAAUGCUCACUGACGUAGUAUUAGAAGUAGGAAAAGACCUUUUCUACGCCCAUAAAGUCGUUUUGGCCGCUGCUAGUCCCUAUUUUAAGGCUAUGUUUACCGGAGGACUCAAAGAAUGUGAUAUGGAUAGAGUUAAGUUACAAGGCGUUUCUGCCACUGCCUUAGCCAGACUCAUAAACUUUAUGUAUACGGGAAGAAUUAGAGUAACGGAAAACACAGUGUGUCAAUUAUUGCCUGCUGCUACUAUGCUUCAGGUUCCUAAUGUGAUUCAAGCAUGCUGUAAUUUUUUAGAACGUCAAUUAGAUCCUAGUAAUGCUAUAGGUAUUGCUAGUUUUGCAGAACAACAUGGUUGUAUAGACUUAUGUAAAAAAGCCAAUCAGUAUAUAGAACAACAUUUUUGUCAGAUCAGUCAAGAAGAGGAAUUCUUACAGCUGACGGCAAUGCAAAUAAUCACUUUAAUAAAAAAAGACGAACUGAACGUACAAGAUGAGAAAGAAGUAUAUAACGCCGUAUUGAAAUGGGUAAAGUACGACGAAGAAAAUAGAUAUAUGAAAAUGGAACCAAUUCUUAGUGCUGUUCGAUGUCAAUUUCUACCUCCAAAGUUUUUAAACGAUCAAAUGACCAAUUGUGAAGUAAUCAAGAAAACUCCAGCAUGUAAAGAGUACUUAGCUAGAAUAUUUAAGGAUUUAACAUUACACGUUCGAACUGGCGUAAAAGAAAGAUGUCCCAAUAUUCCUAGAGUAAUAUAUGUAGCCGGUGGAUAUCUCAGACAAUCAUUAGAUGUUGUAGAAGGUUAUAAUGUUGAUGAAAAAGUUUGGUAUCGGUUAGCUAGACUAACUGUUCCUAGAUCAGGUUUGGGAGGAGCUUUUAUAAAGGGUACAUUUUACGCAGUAGGAGGCAGGCACAAUAGUCCUGGCAAUAGUUACGAUUCCGAUUGGGUUGAUAAAUAUAAUCCUGUCAAAGAUAAUUGGAGGCCAUGUUCACCUAUGACUUCACCUAGAAAUCGAGUAGGGGUGGCGGUGAUGGAUGGUCUUCUGUAUGCUGUUGGAGGAAGUUGCGGAAAUAAAUACCACAACAGCGUUGAGUGUUAUGAUCCAGAGACCGACAGGUGGACAGCAGUGAAACCUAUGCAUUAUAAAAGAUUGGCUGUUGGGGUAGCAGUAGUUAAUAGAUUACUCUACGCCAUUGGAGGCUUCGAUGGAGUAGAGAGACAUAAAAGCGUUGAAUGUUAUCAUCCUGAGAAUAAUGAGUGGAAUAUGGUAUCGCCUAUGAAUGUACCUAGGAGUGGCUCAGGUGUUGCCGCUAUAAAUCAAUUUAUUUUCGUCUUUGGAGGAUACGAUGGAGCAAAACAGCUUAAUUGUGUUGAACGUUACGAUACCGAACGUGAUAUUUGGGAAUUUAUGACGCCUAUGAGGAUAUCCAGGAGUGCGCUGAGCGUUACUGUAUUGGAUUGCAAAAUAUAUGCAAUGGGAGGAUUUGAUGGUCAUAACUUCCUCACCAAUGUCGAGAUCUACGAUCCAGCACGAAAUACAUGGGAAGUCGGCGAACCUCUAACCUCUGGUCGUUCUGGUCACGCUAGCGCAGUCUGUUACCAAACAUGUAUACCAGAUCACUGUACGAUAUUAACUCAAACAGCACCAGCGCAGUGUUCUUCAAAAGGAGGAUAACAGAGAACUGUGACCACAGGUUUGGAGAAAUCUAAAAGUUCUGCUUUCGGGCACAGAAUAAAUAUUCUGUCUAAUAUCGACGCGAACCGGAAGGAUGUAAGAAAGAAAGAAGGCCAUUUUUAAGCAAAAGUUUAAAAUGAUUAGCUAUUUACGUCGUGCAACAAGAAAUCUUAAAAGAUUUAAAUAAUGUCUUCGAUAUUCGAGAACUGAUGUUUUCUCAGCAUGCUCAGCUCAUAUUUUUUUUUAAAUUACCGUAAAUUCACUCUACUGCUAGAAAAUUAUGUAAAACCUAAAAUAAUCGGGACUUCAUACAAGUUCUAUUUCUAACAAGAAACAAUUAAAACAUAGUCACAUUUUACUUUUGCUAAAAUUAUCACUUGUAAUUAUUACACAAGAGCUCUAAAAUUACCGAUUUGUAUCCCGAGUGACAAUAGUUUUAAUCCCUUAAUAGUUUUAAUUUCCCGACCCAAAGGAGAGGGAAAUUAUGCCAAAUUGUCACGAGGCAAUACAAAUCACAAACCAUACAUACUCUAGACGUUCCACAACCAUGUUAGUCUUUCGGAUCGAAUUAACGCCAUCUCUUGAUUGGAAAGGGAACUAACUUGACAAAUUUUAGUUACGGGGCAGUUUUAAACAAUAAUUUAUACGUGAUUUUUUAAUUAAAACGUAUAGAUAAACAACAGAAAGGCAAUUCAAUGUUUUAUUCAAUAAUUAUACAAUAAAUUAAAAGUACCUUAAAUGUUCCAAUCUACAUAAAAAAUACUAAAAGUCUUAGGUUCUGUCUAAAGUUAUCGGGGUAGGUAUCGGGGCUAAAAUACCAAUAUAAUCAAAAAUCAUAGUUUUACUGAAACUUCAAAUAUUCCAAAUUCCAAUUUGUUUUCAAAAUGCUAAACAAUACUGCCAUGUGUCAUGUGAAAGCACUGUUUUUGUAAUAUGUUUAAUAUUACAAAAUUUAUUUGUACAAUGUUUAAUAUUUAGUUGAAUGGAAAUUUUUGAAAGAAUAUCUUGUAGGAAGAUUUUUUAGAUAAAUACCUUAUAAUCUUUUACAAACUUCUGAAAAAAUAUAGGCUCGAAAUGUUGAUGACACACUCCUCUAUUGGAAUAAGCUGUUUCAGGCUCCAUUAUAUUGUUUUUUAAAUGUGUAAACGCUUAGUGUAAACUAAAAUUGUACCCAUAAAACCGAAGAGAAGGUUAAUAAAAUUGAUUAAAAUUCUGAUUAAAAACUUAACACCACUAUAAUAAUUAAGCCACAAAUUGUAAAGUAAAUACAAAAAUAACCCAUUAAUGUAAUUGUCAAUGUCAAUUGUUAAAUGUGACAAGAAAAUUGACUGCAGGCGACAUCUCUGGAUUGGAAAGGGUAACUAAUUUGCUGUCUUGACCAUUUACGUGAAAGGUCUAAAGUUAUAUGUAUGGUUUGUGAUACAAAUCGGUAAUUUUUAAGAGCUUGAGUGUAAUUCGGUAAUUAUUUCAUAAACAAAACUGUAUUUUCAAAUCAUUUUAACUAUUAUUUUGAUAUAUUUGCCUGAAUAUUUGCUAAACUUGCUCAUGGUGUUCUCUUUGACAAGUUGUAAAACAUUAAUAUUGUCAUUAAUGUCACUGAAUGUUUAUUUUUGCGUAGCAACGAAGGACAUCUGUCGCGCUACUCGACGACAGGAAGUUAUCAAAAAAAAAAAAAAUUAAUUAAUAUCACAAGAUAGCGAGAAUAAAUUGAAAAUAUUGCGACAAUUUUUCGAAAACUUGCUGCCUGGUUCUUCGGACUCUCGUGUCUAUUGCCGAAUGGCAAAAGGUUUGAGAAACAAAGUGGAUUAUUAUUUUCUUAUUUAUUCGUACUAUCGUGUGAUAUUCGAAAGAUUAUUUUUUAACACUCACAUGCAAAAUUCAUGUCUUUGUAAAUAAACAUUCAGUGACAUUAUCACAAUUUUUACAACUUGUCAAAGUUAACACCAUGAGCAGGUUUAGCAAAUAUUCAGAUGAAGAUAUUAAUAACAUAUUAGAAAAAAUUAUUUAAAAAUACAGUUUUAUUUGUGAAAUGAUCUUACCGAAUUACACUCGAGCUCUUAAAAUUAUCGAUUUGUAUCGCCCUCGUGACAAUUUGACAUUAGAUACAGAACUAAAAACACAUGAUAAAAAAUCUUACUAGGUACACGAUUGGAAAUUAAAAUUAUUAAAAAAUAAUCGCUGAAAUUUUUAUUUUUGUAGGUUUCUAUUGGUCAAAAUCUCUAUGAAUGAAAGAAUCAAUUAAAGCCUUAAUUUAAUAAGUGGUAUCUAUAUCAAGCCAAGAAGUGUACAAUUUUGAUAGCAUUACAUAUUGAGUUAAUUUUAUAAUUUAUAAGUCACCAAUGAUAAUACUGAUUCCGGCAAAGCUGAAUAAACACUUUUGUCAGACUGAAUCAAAUUUCAGACUGAAUCAAAUUUUAAACUUCAACAUUCCCCAGUUCUGGGUUAAAGCAAUGGAAGAAUAUUAUUUAUUUCGUACUGUCCAAUUUAUUGUAAUUUCUGUACUAAAGUUAAGUCCGGUCGUCCGGUAAUCAUUCUUUUGGCUCAAAGACAGUUAGUCAUUUACCGACUCGUUUUCAUUUUCUUAAUCAAAUAAUUAGUAAAAACUUCGAUAAUAUUUUAGAACAUUUUUAAUAAAUAUUUUUAUAAAAACAGAAUUAAAUUAGAUAAAAAAAUAUUUAAUUGUGGGGUUGAAUCUCUUUUAAUUUACCGGCAUCUACAGUAUAAUAGGUUUGUUGAUAUUCAGUUGUUAUGAUGCCAUACAUAUCAUACGACCUAUUUAGAUGGGAAAUACCAGUGUAAAUUUUGAAGUUAUUAACCGAUUUCAUAAAUUUUUUUUUAAUAUCGAGUAGUAAAAUAUGCAAAUUUCGGGACAAGAUUUAAAAGAUUUAUUAUUUAUAGUUAUGACCAAAAUUUCAUAUUUAUAUUUACAUAUCCGACCCCUUGUAUAGAUUUACUUGAGUGUAUCAUUCAUGUUAAUCUUACUCUCAAAUUACUUUUUCCAGUAAAAUGUUGAAUAAAAGGCACAUUACAUUGGCAAUUACGGUGGCAAAUUUUUAUAGACGCCUAAAAAAUGGAUUAUGUGGUGGACAUCAGAAUUCGUCAUUAAAUCGUGCGAAACAAAAAAUUCAAAAAGAUUUCAUUAGCUUAUGAGUUUCUCGAAGUAACGCUGUCGAGUUUUUUAGUUUUUUUUUUGCAUCACUCAGAAGUAAAAAUAUCGAAAUUUCUUCUAAAAAAAAAGGGUGAAAAUCAAUAUAUUUAUUAUUGUUAAGCAAAAACUAAGCAUAAAACAAAAAAUAUCUCAACAGCGUUACCUCACGAAAUGUAUAAAGAAAAUCUGUGCAAAAUUUCAGGUGAAUCGGUCAAGUAGUUUUUGAGAAAAACGCAUUUAAAGUUUUGACAACUUUAUUUUCAAUUUUGUUUGUCCGUCAAAUGCGCACCGGAAUGUUUUUGAAUCGCGGAGUAAUUUACAAAAGAGAAGAGGAACAGCUGUUAAACGUUUCUCACUACGCUCAAGCGUGCUGUCGCGAAGAUGCUGUAUAUUCAACAUGCUGUAUUUUCAAUAAUUUUGAUCCGAUCAAUCUUAAAUUUUCAGAGAAUAUUCUUGACGUUAUCUACUUCAUCAUUAAAAUAAUAAAAAAUCGAAAAUUUAAACAUUUUCAAACCAUAACCCCCACCCCAACGAAAAUUUGAUUGCCAUUAACUUUGUCGACGUUGCCAUUGAUCUGAUUUGCUUUCGGUAAAUAAUGACAGUUUAUUAUCGAUCAAAUAUUCGUAGAUUAAAAAAGGCGAAAUAUUGCUAAAGAAUAUUUUAACGCCUGCAUAAUGUAGCAAUAGAUUGAAUUUUCAAAUAUAUGUAGCGUUAGGAAAUUUCUCAACAUUGUGAUAAUAUUCAUAUUAGAUAAGUAUUUAGGUUUAAAUUUUUGUAUAUUUUGUACAUUAGUAAUCAUUAGGUAAAUUAUAAAAUUCUUUAGAAUUGAUGUAUAUAUUAUACAUAUGUGUAUUAUGACGUCUACCCGUAUUAAUAGAUGGUAAUAAAUUGUACCAAUUUUUAUAAAAUUUGUAUUAAAGUAUACAUUCCUGUUAA